UUGUGAGAUCGGCAGUGUCUUUCAUUCUAGCUUGCAAAGGACACCUACUUGCAGAGUCCUCAUAGUCAAGACCUCUGCCAAUUCAGCAGUUUCCUAUUCGAGCCCUAUUUUUUGGUUGUCCCCUCUAGUUACGUCCAAUCCAAAGCAUAAAUGGCGUUGCACCUCGACGCCGUGUCGGCCAUCUAUGAUGGCGAGAGCGAUCUUGCAGAGCGCCUGUCUAUUGCACCAGAUCCGACAGAUACGGAGGCCGCUGCUGGGCUCAGCGCGCCCCAGACUCCGACAGACGCCUCGUCUGGCUUUUUCAAGUCCGGAUUGCUCAAAGUGCUGUCCGUGUCCACAACCUACUUGCCAAGCCCAUCGCGGGCGAUGAGCAGACAACCAAGCACUGAUCUGUCGCGCAUCCACGACCGGAGCUACGAAGAUGAAGCCAUCGAUCCGGCUCUCAACUUUUCGCCAUCGGAGGCAGACAGUAGUGGUGACGACGGCCUGGAAAUGUCACCAACGGUCGUCGAUCUACAUGCCCCACCUGUGCCCGUAUCUGCGUCCUUGGUGGGGCGGUUGCGAGGGGCAGAGUCCUCGCGACAGUCCUCGUUUCGGCGAGUGAGCUUCCAGCCAGCAGUGGUCCUGUCGGUUGAUGGCCGCAACUCUCAAGUGAUCUCAAUUUCACCGCCAGAUGUCGCCGUUGAAACGCCGACCAUCACGAGCGAUCUCAGCGCCAGCAGUAGCGUGGACAGCACCACCACCAUGAUGCCAGCCGUCGCCAAGCCCGAUUCAUCCUUGCCACUGCCAGCCGCAGCGACGCCAAUGCCUGCAUCCGCACCUACUCCCUCCAAGAAAGCAGUUCUUGCGGGAUAUGCCAUGUUGGUCGUGGCCUUGCUUGCCGUUUCAUCACUUGGUGCUGCCACCCUGCUGAUGAAGGACGUCGACCCGGUUUUGGCCGGAGCGUGGCGCUUGCAAUGCGCCGCCUUCUUCCUUUUACCCCUGUUCCUUUGGCAAGCACACACAAAAGUCGGCUGGACCUCCAAGGCGUGGCUGGCCGGCGUCCUGACACGGCGAAACAUUCUUCAUGGCCUUGGCGUGACUGUCGGCAUGUUUCUGUUUUCUGCCACGUUCUUCGUGGCGCUUUCGUUUACCUCCCUUGCGCACGCAUACCUGUUUAACAAUUUGCAUUCCGUCAUUAUCGUCCUGUUCCGCAUCAUCAAGCGCCAGCCCGUCAUGGUGAUUGAGAUUGUCGGUACAGCCAUCUCCGUCCUGGGAGCCGGCCUGGCCCUCGUGAACGUGACGGGGAAUGCGCAAUUCUCGACGACCAACAUUGUCAUCGGCGACAUGAUUGCCCUUGUUGGCUCUGUGGGCGCCGUCGGCUACCUCGUUUGGGCCAAGCGACUUCGCGCCGAGGUGCCUCUGUUUGUCUACAUUUUGCCCGUCAACGUGCUCAACGCCGUAUUGACUCUGGUGCUGUCUGUUGCCAUGGAGGGCUCGAGCGCAGGCCCGGGCGUUCCGCUGGCGGAAAACGCCUUUGGUUGGCUGUCGCAAGAGUUUAUCCUUGGAGCACUGUAUCUUGGUGUUGUGACUGGCGUGCUCGGCAUGGUGGCAUACGCGGGCCUGCUCAACGUCGUUUCCCCUCUCGUCAUUGCCGUGGUCAUGCUUCUCGAGCCCGCUGUCGGCACUGUUAUUGGCAUUCUUCUCGGCGUCGAGCAUGUCCCGGACAACUGGACAAUUGCGGGCGGCUUUGUGACGCUUGUGGGAACGGUUGCCGUCACUCUUGCCAAUGGAGUCAAGUCUGUGCAACUCGCAAAACAGCAGCAGUUGUUGCAACAGCAGGAACAGCAGCAAGGGCACGAUUCCGACUGCCCCGCCGACAUGAAACAGGCUGAAGUGCCCGCAAUUGUCAUUUCCCAGACAGAGUCGGGCGAUUUGGUCCGCCAGUCGAGCGAUGGCAGCGACGUGCCUUCGCACGAGAAUGAGUUUGAGCUCGAGACGGGUGCGCGGUCGCGAUCGAACAGCAGCAACGAGUCGAGCUAGUUUCAACGUUUUUUUGGUUUUGUUUGUUUUUUGUGUGUGUGAUUGUUGUUUGGUGUUGAAUAGUAUUCUAGCUGUACGAUGGAAGCA